GGGUUGGUAGUGGAAGACACACGACGGUAGCGGGGGUUAGUAACAUGGCUGCCAGUCAGUCGGUAUCGAACCGCCUAGUUGUAAAGUACCGACAUGACCUCCGCCAAGAGGGCAAAAUCCGGGAAGUGAAAAUGCGAUUCUCCAUCAUCAUUGCCAAUGGAAUCGGACAUUGAGAAAAUUUCAAAAAUUACCAGAUAAAAGAAAACAAGAGUCUAUGAAUAUUCUAGACUGGCUAAUUAAAAUUUAACACAAGAAUAAUGGAUACAGGAGGAGGAACAAACAAGAAACAAAUCCGAGUUGGAUUUUACGACAUCGAUGGUACCAUUGGGAAAGGAAACUUUGCUGUGGUUAAAUUGGCAAGACACCGAAUUGCCAAGACCGAGGUAGCUAUUAAGAUUAUCGAUAAGACUCAACUAGAUCCAACGAAUCUUGAAAAAGUUUACAGAGAAGUGGAAAUUAUGAAACAAUUAGAGCAUCCACACAUCGUUAAAUUGUAUCAAGUGAUGGAAACAAAAAAUAUGAUAUACAUGGUUUGUGAAUACGCGAGCAGAGGCGAAAUCUUUGACUAUAUUGCAAGAUAUGGAAGAAUGGGCGAGCCACGAGCCCGAUCAACGUUUGCUCAAAUUUUAUCAGCGGUUGAAUAUUGCCAUUCGACGGGUGUUGCUCAUCGAGAUUUAAAAGCUGAAAAUUUACUUCUCGAUGCUCAAAUGAAUGUGAAAAUUGCUGAUUUCGGUUUUAGUAAUAGAUUUACGCCUGGAGAACGUUUGAGCACUUGGUGCGGAAGUCCACCUUAUGCUGCGCCAGAAGUCUUUCGGGGGAAACAUUAUGCUGGACCGGAAAUUGACGUUUGGAGUCUUGGUGUUGUUCUCUACGUAUUGGUUUGUGGAGCACUGCCUUUUGACGGUUCAACUUUACAAUCAUUAAGAGAUCGCGUUCUAAGUGGGAGAUUUCGUAUUCCAUAUUUUAUGAGCACAGAAUGUGAGAGUUUGAUACGAAAAAUGUUAGUUUUGGAGCCAUCGAAACGUUACACAAUUCCGCAAAUCAAAAGACAUCGAUGGCUCGCUGGAGCCGCUGAUGCAAUUUAUACAACAGCUUCUACAAUUCCGAGUGCACAACAGGAACCCAAUGAUCAAAUUCUAAGACUUAUGCACAGUUUGGGAAUCGACAUCACACGUACAAGAGAGUCAUUGAGGAAUAACAGCUAUGAUCAUCACGCGGCAAUAUACUUUUUACUGUUAGAACGAGUAAAACAACAUCGGACCAGUAAUUCCAACAACAGCUGUUGGUCUUCAGUGCCAAGACAAAAAGAGGACAAAUACAAAUCAAGAAGGGAAGAAAUGGUGAGAGCAGGAAAAAGAUUCAGUUCAACGAGUUCGUCAACGGACGAGGGAUGCUGCAGUGCUGAGGGCGAUUUGGAAGAGGGUCCAAGUGGUGAUGAAUUGAGGGAGGCGCAGAUUAAAUUAGAGGAGCACAGAUUGGGUCUGGAUCAAGAUAUCAGUCAGAGAAUUGAUAGUCAAAUUGUUAAUAAAAGGUUGAGUGAUUAUCAGCAACAUCAUUUUGAUGGUCCAAUAUUGGACUCGGUGGAAUCAUCAAGUAGAGCUGUGCUUUUCGCGACUGGUUGCAGUCGCGGUAGUUCAUCAUCAGAAUUAUUUGAAUCCAGUUUUGACUCUGGCUGUCCACCCGAUUAUUCAGUAACAAGUGCAUGUUUCACGAGCAGUUUGCCCUCCUGCACGCCUCCAAUACCACAAAGUCCAUCUCCUGUAGCUAGAAUAUCAAGAGCCUCUCAAGGAAGACGAGCUUCUGACGGAGGUCCAAGAUUAUUAUUUAGUCAGCAAGGUGGCGGCGACAGGCCCGUCAAGCAGCGAAGCAUUCAAGACUCGGGAAAGGCAAGAGGCCACUUGGAUCUUGUACAUUUGAGAUCGCCCUCAACACCACCGCAAAAUCAUCAAUCACAUUUCAAGACGCGGGCAGAAUCUGGAACUCAAUUGCAAUUAUUGGUCCAGCAGAGAGUGCUCCAGCAGAAGAGAAAUUUAUAUCACAGACACAGAAGUGGCGGUAGUCCAACACCGAUUCCUGUGCCUUCGACUGGUUUCUCCCGAUUGGGUGAUAAUGUUUCACGUCAAGAUAGCUAUAAAUUUGCUCAAAGAAUGCAAAUUUUACCCACAUUGUCUCAAGAGCAUGGAGACGAUGAUUUUGCAAGAAAAAGAGAACGCGAGGAAGAAAGGUGGAAGAGUUUGCCGUCACGUUUGGCGGCAGAUUGUCAAUUAGCCGAAAGAACACUCCUAUGGAGUCAUCAGGUGGGUUUGGGAGGAGGCGCAUCAUACUUACCACCCGGAAGUGUGGGUGGUUUCUUAUGGCCUCCAGGAAGCAGUCCUCACUCAACGAUUUUUGAAAAUGUCAACGAUUCAAUGGAGUGAUUAAAAGUCUCUACUUUAAAUUUUAAAAGAAAAGAAAAAAAGAAGAAAUUUACAAAGAUUUUUUGAAAUCAAUAAGAAAAUAUAGCCAAUUAUCCAGGCUGAAUAACUGUGGUCAAUAUUUAUAUAGAUUUUUUCAUUCCACAAGAAUAUUUGUAAUUAUUUUCUACAAUAUUUCCAUUUUUUGACAUCGACCAGAAAACAUUUAUAUAUUUUCUUUAUCGUAAUUUUUAAUUAACAAAAAUACUAGAUUUUCAGAAUUUAUUCCAAUAUAGUCAACGUCGUCUUUCCAGAUGUUGAUUGCUUAUUUAUUAAAUUUUACGAUUUUACAAACUUUACUUUCUUUUUUUUCUAGAGAGAAAUGAUAAAUAAUUUAUGAAACGGCUGAUGGCACGUGCUACCAAAAUGUUAUCGCUAAAAAUAUAUAUAUAUAGAAUAACUAUAAUCUUUAGGGUCUCUUAGAGUCUCUUCACGCAUUCAUGUAGGGCAUGGUCAUCAAAACUGUGCUUUCUUGAAAUUUAUCGCGGCGAUAUAGUCGCGAUGCGACGUCAGCCGACUUUUAUCAAUUUUCUUUUUGCAAAAAAAAAGAACAAACAAACAUUCAACUUACGCAAAAGAAAUUUAAUCUUCUUCUCGCAAAAAAAAGUAUCACGUAAUAUUUUCUUGCAAUUUUGAACUUCUUUCCGAAUUGUAAAAGCAAAUAUUAUUAAAAACAAAUAAAAAAAAAUUAAAUAUUUUACAUUAGGCUCAAAAAAUCAGAUAAAUUUUUUAAAAGGUGUCCUUUAAAUUCAGUGAAAUUGUAAUAAAAAAAAUUUUAAUUUUACACUAUUUUAAGGGCGUUCAUCCAAAGAAAUGCAAAAUUAA